CAACAUAUCUACUACUGCUAAACCACGAUCAUUUUUUUUAUGUUUAGUUAUGGAUGAACAUACCAUCCAUGAUGACGAUAAGGACCGAGAUGCCCUCGCCGGCCUCAGCUCCGUUCCGCCUCCCCAACGGAAGAUACAUUCCUACAGCCAGCAGCUACGUGCCAACUCCGCCUACAAGCGUCACCGCCAAGUCCGUAACCACAGCCUCGAUGACAUCCCCAAGCCGCCGGAUUACUUCAACGACGAGUCUUCCGACGACGAGUUCUUCUAUCACUCCACUUCCAACAAUGCUCCCAAUGCCUCUGGUGAAGAAUAUAUUAUCACUAGUCAUUCUCAAAGGGAAAGGCUCGACAAGAACUUGUCCUUGGAAGGCAGUUGUGCUACCGUCGAUGAUUCCCAAACUUUCCAGCCUUUCCAGCCUCUGCCGGAGUUCAUUGGUUCCGGAGGUGGCACCGGUAUUUUCAAGGUCCCGAUGCGUGCCACCGUCCACCCCAGGCGGCCACCUUGCUUGGAGCUUAGGCCACAUCCUCUAAGGGAGACUCAAGUAGGCAAAUUCUUGAGGAACAUUGCUUGUACGGAUACUCAGCUUUGGGCGGGCCAAGAGAGUGGGGUUCGGUUCUGGAGGUUCGAGGAUGCUUAUCAGCCCGGCUUCGGUUCCAAAGUUCGAAGAGGCGACGAAGACGCCGGACCGUUUCAAGAGUCCGCCAACACUCCACCCACCAUCUGUUUGCUGGUCGACGGUGGAAACAAAUUGGUUUGGAGUGGCCACAAGGAUGGCAAAAUCCGGUCAUGGAAGACGGAUCUUCCUACAGAUGAUACUACUCCGUUCAAAGAAGGCUUGUCAUGGCAGGCGCAUCGUGGUUCAGUUCUUUCCAUUGUCAUGAGCUCCUAUGGUGACUUGUGGUCAGGUGGAGAAGGCGGUGUUAUUAAGAUUUGGCCAUGGGAAUCCAUUGAAAAAUCUCUCUCUCUUAGACCAGAGGAGAAACACAUGGCUGCUUUAUUGGUAGAAAGGGCAUUCAUUGACCUCAGGAGCCAAGUUACUGUUAAUGGUAACUGUAAUCUCUCUUCCUCCGACAUCAAGUGCUUGGUUUCUGAUCAUGUAAGAGCCAAAGUUUGGUGUGUUCAGCCUCUUUCCUUCUCUCUAUGGGAUGCUCGCACCAAGGAUCUUCUCAAAGUGUUUAACAUCGAUGGUCAGAUUGAAAAUCGUGUUGACAUACCGUCGCAAGAUCAACAGGGCGCUGUGGAAGAUGAGGUGAAGGUGAAAGUUGUUUCCGGUACAAAAAAGGAGAAGUCCGGGGGCUUUUUGCAACGUUCUCGAAAUGCUAUAAUGGGAGCGGCGGACGCCGUCCGUAGGGUGGCAACGAGAGGAGCCGGAGCAUUUGCGGAAGACAAUAAGAGGACCGAAGCGCUAGUGCUUGCUCCGGAUGGGAGCAUAUGGAGUGGAUGUACAAAUGGCCUACUUGUGCAGUGGGAUGGGAAUGGAACUCGAUUGCAAGAUGUUAGUCACCACCCUUGUGCAGUACAAUGCUUUUGUGUUUUCGGAACACGGAUUUUUGUAGGCUAUGUUAGUGGAAUAGUCCAGGUGAUGGAUCUUGAGGGGAACCUGGUUGCAGGAUGGAUGGCUCACAACGGUCCCGUCAUAAAAUUAACAACUGGCAACGAAUACAUCUUCAGCUUGGCUACACACGGCGGUAUACGGGGAUGGAACAUCUCAUCGCCGGGGCCAAUCGAUGGCAUAUUACGACAAGAACUAUCGGAAAAAGAACACAUCUACUCUAGACAAGACAACAUAAGGAUGCUUGUUGGAACAUGGAAUGUCGGUCAAGGAAGAGCCUCUCCGGAGUCACUUAUGUCAUGGUUGGGUUCUGUUGCAUCAGACGUCGGCAUUGUUGUUGUUGGUUUACAAGAAGUGGAAAUGGGUGCAGGUUUCCUUGCAAUGUCUGCAGCUAAAGAAACCGUAGGACUUGAAGGGAGUUCUAUUGGGCAUUGGUGGCUUGACACAAUUGGAAAGGCCUUAGAUGAAAACACAACAUUUGAACGUAUGGGUUCUAGGCAGCUUGCAGGAUUACUGAUUUCUCUCUGGGUAAGGAAGAAUCUUAGAAUGCAUGUCGGGGACAUCGAUGCUGCCGCGGUUCCGUGUGGCUUUGGUCGAGCUAUCGGCAAUAAGGGAGGUGUAGGUUUGAGGAUCAGAGUGCAUGACCGGUUAAUAUGCUUUGUUAACUGUCACUUAGCUGCACACUUGGAGGCAGUAAACCGGCGAAAUGCUGACUUUGAUCAUAUCUUUCGAAAUAUGGCCUUCACCCGGUCGUCGAAUCUACUCAAUAACGCAGCUGGUAUGGUGCGAUUACUGUUUUUCUGUUGCUCUCUUGCGUUCUGCACAUAUUUAUUUUGGCUGCUUUAUUCUUCUGGCUUGCCACUCGUGCUCUGUGUUGCAGCUGGAGCCUCUGCUUCUGUUCAUACUGCUCGGGUCAAUAAUCCUGCAGGUGUUAACACUGAAGAAACAAAGCUUGAUUUAGCAGAAGCAGAUAUGGUUGUAUUUUGUGGCGAUUUUAACUACCGCCUCUUUGGUAUAUCUUAUGAUGAAGCUAGGGACUUUGUUUCUCAAAGAUGCUUCGAUUGGCUUCGAGAAAAGGAUCAGCUUAGGGCGGAGAUGAAAGCCGGUAAGGUUUUCCAAGGAAUGCGCGAGGCCAUUAUCCGAUUCCCUCCGACCUACAAGUUCGAAAGGCACCGCCCGGGCUUGGCAGGUUAUGAUUCCGGAGAAAAGAAGCGUAUUCCUGCAUGGUGUGACCGAGUGAUAUAUCGUGAUAACAGGGCCGGACCGACUGCCGAGUGCAGUUUAGAGUGUCCUAUAGUUUCCUCCAUUAUACUGUACGAGGCUUGCAUGGACGUUACCGAGAGCGACCAUAAACCUGUAAGGUGCAAAUUCCAUAUUACACUUGCGCAUGUAGAUAGAUCAGUAAGGAGACAUGCAUUUGGGGAGGUGAUGCAGUCAAAUCGGAAAAUUAAGGCUAUACUCGACGGAUUACGUUUCGUUCCGGAAACAGUUGUUAGCACCAACAACAUCAUCCUGCAAAACCAAGACACAUCGAUCCUCCGAAUCACCAACAAAUGUGACAAGGAUAAAACUAUAUACAGAAUACUUUGCGACGGCCAGUCCACCGCCAAGGAUGAGGAGGAUGUAGUCGAGUACCAUCCGAGAGGCGCCUUCGGCUUCCCGCGCUGGCUCGAGGUUACACCAGCUUCUGGCAUAGUCAAGCCGGAUUCGUUUGCUGAGGUCGCAGUCCAUCACGAGGAAUUCCAUACACUCGAAGAUCUUGUCGAUGGCAUCCCACAGAACUGGUGGUGCGAAGACACUCGAGAUAAGGAGGUGGUACUGACAGUGGUCACAUACGGGAGUUGUUCGACAGAAACGAAAAGCCAUCAUAUCCGCGUGCGUCACUGCUUCUCGGCAAAGGCGGUCCGCAUCGGCUCAAAAUCGAACACAAACAAGAAAAGCCAAGGAGGAGGUAGUCUUAGGAAGCACAACAGCACCUCGGAGUCGAACGACGAUUCAAGGCACUGACAUUAAAGCCUUUGAAGCUACUAGAAGCGAGUGUCUGUAGGAACGUACAUAGGCAACAACUGGGGGGGAGCCUGACUAAUUCCAUUCCAUUUUUACUCACA